AACAGAACAAAACCAAAUACGAGAGAGAAUGAAGAUAGUGAGUUACAACGUGAAUGGCCUGAGACAGCGCAUAGCGCAGUUCGGUUCUCUUCGGAAUCUGCUAAAUUCAUUCGAUGCUGACAUCAUUUGCUUUCAGGUGUUGCCAAAUUCACUCUCUGUGUGUGUGUGUGUGUGUGUGUUUCUGAAUCAUUACAUUGACAUCUUCAGGAGACAAAACUGAGGAGGCAAGAAGUAACAGCGGAUUUGGUGAUGGCAGAUGGAUACGAAUCAUUCUUUUCGUGCACACGCACCUCCGAGAAGGGCCGAACCGGUUAUUCCGGUAAGGUGUUUGUUUUAUUGCCUCAACCACAACAUCAAGUUCGUUUUGGGCAGCAAAGGUGUUAUUACAUUUUGUCGUGUGAAGUCAGCAUUUUCGAGUAAGGAAGUGGCCUUGCCCCUGGCAGCAGAGGAAGGUUUCACUGGUCUUAUGGGAUGCUCUCAAACUAGCAAAGACAAUUUUCCUUCCUUCAUGGAAGAUCUUGAGGAAUUUUCAAAAGAUGAGCUUCUCAGUGUUGAUAGUGAGGGUCGAUGCAUUGUCACGGAUCACAGUCACUUUGUUCUUUUCAAUAUAUAUGGGCCUCGAGCUGGUAAUGAUGACACAGAGAGGAUUCAGUUUAAGCAAAAUUUUUACAGGAUAUUACAGAAAAGAUGGGAGUCUCUCCUGCAUCAGGGAAGGAGAAUAUUUGUUGUUGGUGAUCUCAAUAUCGCACCAUUUGCAAUUGAUCGAUGUGAUGCAGGACCUGAUUUUGACAAUAAUGAGUUUAGAAGAUGGUUCAAAUCAAUAUUACUUGUAAAUGGAGGCCAAUUUUUCGAUGUCUUCAGAGCAAAGCAUCCUGAUAAAAGGGAAGCAUACACCUGUUGGCCGCAAAAUACAGGUGCUGAAGUAUUUAACUUUGGGAGCAGAAUUGACCAUAUUCUGUGCGCAGGUUCAUGCUUACAUGAAUCAGAUGACCUGCAAUGCCAUAGUUUUAUAAGAUGCCAUGUUAAGGAAUGUGACAUUUUGACACAGUACAAACGGUGUAAACCUGAAAGCACACUGAGGGCCCACAGGUGGAAAGGAGGGCGGAGCAUCAAAUUGGAAGGAUCUGAUCAUGCUCCAGUUUUUACGACUUUGCUAGAAAUUCCUGAGGUCUCUCUGCAUAGUACUCCCUCCUUAUCUGCUAGAUAUGUUCCCAUGGUUCAUGGCAUACAGCAAACUUUAGUGUCAGUGUUGAUGAAAAGACGAGUUUCUGAACAAAUGAAAUCAUGCAAAAUGGCCCAUGAAGAUAUUUCAAUGGGUAGUACUUGUGAGAGAGUAUUAGAACCGGUUGACAAAGCUGGUUCUUCUGCCACAGGUCCCAGUGAAUGUCAUUUUUCUCCAAGCCAGGGUUCUGAAGGUAGCUUUCUGGAAUCAAAUGAACUUUCCAAAGGUUCUUCUCAGGAGACUGUUGCUAAAUCAGGAAAUGAAUAUUUAUAUGAAAAACCAAUAACCAGGCAAUGUAAUGAAUCCAAGAAAAAAGCUAGAAACAGUCAAUGGUCUCAGCUCUCACUUAGGUCAUUUUUCCAGAAAAGUACAAAUCUUGACAAUGGUGUCAAUGACUCUUGUGCUAAUUACUCAAAUAAUCAGGCAGAAUGCUCACAACCCGACCCUCACUUACACAAGACUCCUGCAGUGUUUGAUCAUAGUGGCACCAAGCAAUAUGAGUUGGAUACUGAUGCCUGCGAUCAGGAUUUUGCUGAACUAAAUGAUAGUUCUACAAAGGAGGAAAAGAGUAAUGUGGCCUCCCUGGAAUGGCAAAGAAUACAACAAUUGAUGCAGAACAGUAUACCUCUUUGUAAGGGCCAUAAGGAACCUUGUAUUGCUCGGGUGGUGAAGAAACAAGGACCUAAUUUUGGUCGCAGAUUCUAUGUUUGUGCUCGUGCUGAGGGACCUGCAUCUAAUCCUGAAGCAAACUGUGGUUACUUUAAAUGGGCUGCUUCGAAAUCGUCGAAAUCUAGAAAUAAAUAAUGGUGGCGAAUGACAUUUUAAUCAAAGCAUGACUCAUUGUCCACUUCAUCCAUGUUCCUUGUAUAGUGACAACCUGGAGCUGACAUCCCAGUUUUGCAUGAUUCUAAAAGUUACUAACUUCCUUUUUGAAGGAACUGCCUCUCGUAAUCUUUUUGUCCCCCCUUUUGACUACAUCCUUGUAGCUUCUUGCUACAAUCGUCGAUAUUCUGAGUUACAGGCAUAAUCACCUGUUGCCUCCGUGUAAGUAAAUUAGUAUCAUGUUUCUCCACAGAGGAGAAUAAUUAAGGGGUAGGCUCGAGGAAUUGGUUAAACAAUUAGUCCUGGUGUAAAUGAUCCAUCUCAGCAUCUGACCUGGUUGGAUCCUAUCAGUCUACCACUCUCCAACACCAAAUUGAGUCGACUUGGCAACCAUUCCGGCAUUUAUUUACUGAAGUUUCUGUUUAACAUCAUUACCAGCAACAUGUUUGCUCUGAAAAGUGUUCCAUCAAGAUAAGUGUGAGUUCUACUUGAAUGCAAGCUCAAGUUCCACCCUUACCUUAUUUUCUUUCUGCUAAAAGCUUUAAUACCAUAAGGGGAAAAUGGCCACUGGAAGUGGCAGAAUUUUGUCAAUUAUCAGGGUCUGCAUGCACAGAUGAAUAACGCAGUCAUAUUAUCGUGGUACACUUUCUUUUAUUUCGGUUUUAGUAUUAAUAAUGUUUGGGUAUCUUUGAACUCAGUUCCUCAUUAGCGUAUGAUUUUGGGUUUGGACGGGUUUUAUUUGCUGAUAA